CUUUCUCGCACUGCUAGAACUAACUCCUAGUCGCAAUACUGACUGGGAACGUUUCUAUGGACUACUAGAAAAAUUCCAGCUGUGUUCUUCAGAACAGAUGUUCAGCGAUGGUCGACUGCAUUGGCUUCUGGAGAGACUCUUCUCAAGUAUGCGGUUGAGGCCCAUAUGCCGCGCAUCUCCUGAGUGACGGUCGCAAUGCCAACUGAACUCGCCACUCAAAGUACUGCUUUGCAAAUUCCUGCACAAACGGUGGACCGGAACCUGAUUGUAUUGGGUAUGAGCGAUGUGUCUGUCAGGAAGCCGUCUUCAUCGAAUCAGUCAGCCCUGGGCUGUUGGACCUCCACUCUACCACGAGUCUGUUGGGAUUUGGAGCUUAGCGUGGCUGUUUUGUUCAUGGUCUUAGCCGGACUCCUGAUUUUGGCAUUACUUUAUCGGGUUCUAACACUGCGCCACAGACUCCGAGUCGCUCAGGCCGGGAACGCUCUGGAGUACUUUGGAUUCUACCACAUGGCUCAGUAUGAUUUAAAGGAGCUGGUGCCACAGCCUGCUUUGCCUGUUGUGACACCACAGGUCUCACAUCUUCUUCAUCCCCACCUCUACUUGUUCCUCAACCACCAUUCCAUCUCACUCCCCCACCUCCACCACCGCGGUUGUAUCUGCCACAUCCCAUCAUCCAUACCACCCCACCCAGCCCUCACCCGUCAUGUGGGGCAGGCUCGGACGCAGAGGUGUACUCAAGGAUCGGACAUCUGCGUCUGUCGAGACCAUCCAGUGUGAAUCAGAGUCAGGUGAUCCUGUUUGAACACUCUGCUCUUUGACAACCUGAUGCUUCAAAGCACAAUCAUGAUUCUCUAUCAGAUCAGACAAUUCAACUGCUAAUACCUGAGGUGUUUUGUCAUUUUUUAGUUAUGGAUUUAGCCAUGGUUUUAUCCAAAGUGAUAAACAUUUUAUCAUGUGUUUUUAUGGGAUUUUAUCGUACAACCUAAUUACUGAAGCACUACAAGACUGAGCUUAAAUUAUAGCCACUCAAAAGCAAUGGACAAUUCAUUUAAAUUGCUUUCUGCAUUGUAUUCUGUACAAGUUUAAAACGUGUUUUAAAUGUUUUAAAACAUUAAUAUGUGUUGUCCUACGUUAGGAAAAAGGUUGUAGAUAGACAGGGUUGUUUUUACACAAACAUAUUUCCUUUUCCUGAAUCACAUGACUGUGUUUCCUUUGAAGGAUGGGAUUUCCUGUGAAGACUUUCCUUUGUUUUUUUUCUGCUUCUUAGGAUUUCAAACAAUUUUUUCUCUCACAUUGUCGUAGCAGCUAUAAACUUUCCAAAUCUAUAAUUUAUGAUAUAUACUGCGUAGUAUAGUAGCCUAUAUAUUUCGCCAUAUAUACAAAAAAGAUUUAAAAUAAAAUAUAUAAUAUAAGAGAUAUAAGAGAUAUAUAUUUUCAUACUAUGGUAGUGACUGAAAAUUACCAACAUUCUUCCAAAUAUCUUUCUUUGUGUUCAUCAGAACAAAGAGGUAUAACAUUCUUUAAGGGAGAGUAAAUGAUGACAGAAUUUUAAUUUUUGUGUUAACUUUACCUUUAAUAAAAAUCUAAGCAAAAUGAUGAGCUUGUCAAUUAAAAUGAAAUCCAAAUUUCUAUUCACUAUUCCUUUUUUAUUUUUAUAAAUAAUAAUUUAUACUCUUAGCUAUCAAUGUGUUUACCUCAGGAUUAUAUAACCCAAUGAAUCAGUAUGAGCGUUCCCUGGUAUGAGCAUUCAUCUUCCACUCCAACAUGUCACGUUUAAAAAUUAUACGUUUUCAAUGUAUGUUUGGAAAAUUGAUGAUGACCUUACAUCACUUCCAUUGCUAAUAAUGCACAAUUAAUUAAUGUGUGAACAGUUCAAAGCCUUGUCAUAAACUUUAAGGAUAUCAUGUUUUGUGCAUUAUUUAGUAUCUUUUAGUAUUUAUCUAUUGCAAAAUAUAGAUUGACAUAUUUUUUGAAUGUACAGUAGAGGAAACACAUUUUUAACAC